AUGAUGAACAUGGACAUGGACAUGUCGGGCGGUAGUAUUCCCUGGCUCGAUCAGCCUGUGAUGCUACAUUCGUCUCGUCAUGAUAUGUGCAUGUUAUCCGAAGCUCAGUGUGCUUAUCGGAAUAAUCGCUGGAGAUACUGGUAUCAGGCCGACCAUGUAUAUGCCUUGAACACAGUAUAUUUCUGCUGUGCAGUUAUCGCUUUGUUUGCAAUUUCCAAUAUCUUCGUCAAGAUUUGUCCAGAUCGGCUGAAGCGGACUCGAUUAUGGCGGACAACGACUUCAAUUUCCCGGUACAUGUCCUAUCGGGGUUAUGGAUUCCCGAUGCUGAAGUAUUGGUCCCCACCUCUGGGUGUCGUCUUGCUCGGCGUUGUGGGCACAGUAUUCUUCUUCGCCAUGACCCUCGGCCCUAAGCCCUAUUACUGGCCUAGCGAUGCUAGUUACGGAAAUAGUCCACCCAUAGCCACAAGGGCUGGCUGGAUGGCCCUUGCUCUACUACCAUUUGUCCUGGGUCUGAGUGUCAAAGCCAACAUGAUCUCUGCCCUUACUGGCAUCCCCCAUGAGAAGCUUCAAGUCUUCCAUCACUGGACUAGCUACGCCAUGUUUGUUCUAGCUCUCGUCCAUACUUUCCCUUUCAUCAUCUAUCAUGUCGACAAGGGUGAUAUGGUAAAGCAAUGGAAGACUAGUCUAGUAUACUGGACUGGUAUCGGGGCAAUUAUCCCCCAGGCGUACCUGACUAUCAUGUCGCUUCCGUUCAUUCGCAACCGGUUCUACGAGUUCUUCAAGGCGACCCAUUUGAUUGCUGCCAUUCUAUUCAUUGUUUUCUUCUUUCUUCACUGCGACUUUCGUCUCUCCUCGUGGGACUACUUCAUCGCCAGCGGUGUCAUUUACUUCCUUUGUCUACUUUUCUCUCAGGUGCGCACCUAUCUGAUGCAUGGCGUCCACACAGCCAUCCUAGAGCUUCUUCCAAGUGGACUUGUCCGAGUCUCUGUUCCAACCUUCAUCAAGUGGACGCCGGGCCAACAUGUAUUUGUGCGUUUCUUGACGUCAGAUUUGCAUCUGCUCACUGCGCAUCCAUUCACUAUCUCCUCGGCUCAUCGAGACCCGGAUCAGGCAGGCAAAACUUCCGAGCUCAUCUUCUACAUCAAGCCUCGUCGUGGAGUAACCGCUCGUCUUGCUUCUCUGGCUGCCAAACAACCCGGUGUCAUGAAGAAGAUUCUCAUCGAGGGGCCAUAUGGUGGCGUGAGUAACCAUCAUAUGUCCCAAUUUGACACCAUACUCGUCAUUGCCGGUGGUUCGGGUGGGGGCUUCUCUCUUGCGAUGGUAGACGAAGCGCUACGACUGUCUGGCAUUAACACAGGCGAAGACGAAUCGGGACAAGAAAGCCGCCGCCAACUCCAAGUCGUCUUUUCAACCCGCGACGCUCCCGUGGCUGACUGGUACAUCGAUGAGAUUGAAGGGCGUCUCUCGCACUCUACUACUCUUCCAGGCUCAGACAACGGGUUUGAGACUUCGGUUUCGGUGCAUAUUACCUCAAACCACGGCUUGACUCGCUCAACCUCGACACUAGACUCGGAGACGGGCACUAGGGACAAGUUACCUCCAACAGAUAUCACAACCACUGGAUCGUUCAGUCUCAACAUUCAUCGAAACGCUCGACCUGAUAUUCCUGGUCUUGUCGCUCGGACGGUUGCCAUGGCUCACGCAAACCCGAUGCCGAACGGCAAGAAGCAGCGUAUUGGUGUCCUUGUUUGUGGUCCAGCAUCCAUGCUUCACGAUACUCGGAAUGCUGCAGCGCUGGCGCAGAAGCGGACGUUUGGUGGUGAAGUCGAGGAGUUAUAUCUGCACUCAGAACCUUUU